AUGUCAAACCACCUUGAUGAAGUGAUCAUUUACUAUGGUCAACAACCUGACCCAACGAGUUCCGAAUAUCAUCCACAUGUUGCUUCCACACCAAUUGAGUCUGCUAAAAAGCCACUCUUCCCUCCUGAAGCUUCCAACCCCUGCGAACACAAUCUUCUGAGUCGUCAUCGACAUCGACAAGUGGUGUGGAGGGACAACCCACUGGGCAGAGUCGCGGUGAAGAAGCACCUAAUAUGGCAAGGAGGAUACAGCCUCAGCCACGGUUCAACAACGGCAUGCGGUGAAGAAGCACCGGCCAAAACAAGCGGACGUGCCGCUUUUGAUGUUCGAUGGGAUAUCCGAGAUGGUGGAACAAAAAACAAAACUUCAUGUUGA